AUGCGCCUGCUCGGCGACGAAUACGUCAAGUCGGAAUUCCGCGCGCACAAGGACGUCGAGAACCCAAUCCACAUUAUUGGCUUCCUCACCGAGUGGCAGAUGUACGCGCAGCAGAUUGAAGGCGACUCGUGGCGCGGCGAAAAGUUGGACAAGAGCAAACUGGACAAAAUGAGCGAUCAACAAAUCGGCCAGCUUUACGAGCUCAUGCAAGCCAUUCGCAAGCAAGAACUUGAAGACGACGAUCCCGGUCACGAGGGAAAACAAUAA